AUGUACGACACAACAGCUGGUAAAAGUGAAGCCGAAGCGUCUCAAUCGCCCCCUGGUGGCUGGCUGCAGUACAGGCUGUGGGGGCUGAAAGUGACCGAAGAAGCGGAGAGGCCGGUUGUCCUGAUGAAGACGAAGGUGAGGAGUACAAAUAUGGGUUCCCUGCGAAGGUGUAUUCUGCUGUUGCUUCUGACCUUCUCAGUGUCAGAGGCGGCGAGGAUCAUCGGGGGUCAAGAGGUCCAAAAGUUCUCCAUCAAAUAUCAGGCGUCGCUGCAGACCGAGCAGAGGAGACACUACUGUGGAGGAACACUGGUGCACGCUCAGUGGGUGGUGACUGCUGCCCACUGCUGGAGACCGGCUCAUCUGAUGAGGGUGGUGCUGAGUGAACACAACCUGUAUAUAGACGAAGGACCAGAACAAGUCUUCGAGGUCGAAGAGUUAUUCUACCACAACUAUAACAGCCGAACCUUCGACAACGACAUCCUGCUCCUCAAGCUAAAACAGCCUGCACAGCUGAACAGCUACGUCCAGCCCGCUGAACUCCCAGAUGACACAGCCCGUCCUACUGUGUGCACCGUGAGCGGCUGGGGUGUGACACAGACGUACAAUCGUGUGCUCUCCCCCGUGCUGCGUGCUGUGGAUGUAACGGUGUUCAACUACUGCCAGUAUUACUACUGGUACAGGCUCACCCCAAACAUGAUGUGUGCUGGAAACUACCGGGGUGGCAAAGAUUCCUGCCAGGGUGACUCCGGUGGUCCUCUUAUUUGCGAUGGCAAAUUCACGGGCAUCGUCUCCUGGGGAAUCAGCUGCGCAAUUGCAUACUACCCCGGGGUUUACACCAAAGUGGGCAACUACGUCAAGUGGAUCGAAAACACAAUCAGGGACAACACACCAACACCACUUGAUCGUAGAUGAACAGAGUCAUUGAGUCUGACAACAGGCUAACAAGCUCUAGUGCUUUACUUUAUUACCAUUAACUUUCUUUGUGUUCUUUCAAAUGUAAUGGUUUAUUAGCAAUUUAUAAUUGUUGGGUUAUGGUCUAUAGAGCUAUGGUGGUCAGUUGUUUAUUCAUAUUUGGUUUCCUUAUAAUUCAGUGACUUUUGUUGAUUAAA